AUGAAGUCUUUAGUAACCUUUUUAAUAUUUUUUCUUGUAAAAACGAAUGCGUAUGUCGCUAAUAGUAUUCAAUUGGAUUUAACUACAGAAACACCCAACGAUUUUAAUGAAAAUAGUGAAGAAAGCACAGUGCAUGAUAAAUAUGAAAAAGAUUAUAGUGGUUACGUUUAUAUGGACGACGUAGUGUUUGGAUUGAAGUUACAAAAUUGGACUGACGAAGAGCUACCGUGUCUGAACGAAACCUUACAUUUGAUUAAGAGCUUGCAUAAUUUUACAACCUGGGCUGUAUGGGAAUGGGACUCCGUAUCUUCCCAACCACUGGGUAUAUUAUCUGGCAACCGAUAUCAACUGGGGAAUUUCGACCAAUGCAUGACUUACCCAUGGAGCACUCCUCAUAAAGAAAUAAAAACUCAGUACUGCCUCGCAGAAGUAGAGCUAGAAACGAAAACCCACGUGAAGAAGAAAACUUUGGAUGAAAUAGAACCUUAUGGGAACGCAUUGGACUUGAUACAGCACAACACUCCUCAUUUUCGACCUUUAAGAUAUUUGACUUGGGGCGCAUGUGUGCCGGCUUGUUGUGAGCCAAGAUCCGUGGAGAAAUUAGUGAAAGUAGUUUUAGCACGUAGCCAUCUUGGCUCAGCUGGAUUGCGUCUCAGCAUCCAUGUCAAUGAGACCUGCCAAAGACCUGAUGAACCAAAGAAGUUCGAUGUCGUGUUGUAUGCAUUUAUAAGCAUCUAUAAAAAUGGUGAUGCAGUGGAUGAGACAUCGAAAAAUUCGUAUAAUCCGUUGCGUGUCAUGCGUAACGGCCGGUGCGUGAAUGUGGAGACAGUCGACGACGAACGAACGUUGCUUUAUAAAUAG